UUUACUUUGUACAUAAUGUAUGAUACGUAUGGAAAGGACAUGGGGGAGGAGUGCGUGUGUAAUGUCAAGCCGGUAAUUGUUUGGCUAGUUGGGUAUGCGUGCCGUACGCUUUGCUACCAGUUUCACUGUGAUCUUUACUCGUGUUGUGACGUCUCCUAGUACAUUAACUACCCAAACUCUUCGCGAAAAUCUAUUGGGAGUGAAACGAUUGUUAUCACAAAAGAUGGUGGAUGAACAGAAGGCUAAUAAUCUAUUCCUGAAUGUACUAAAACAGGAAUCUGCCAAGCUAGCACCAUCGCUUGAUUUUAAGGGAAACCACAAAGGCGCCAGUGGAAAAAUUGCCGUCGUUGGCGGUAGUUUUGAAUAUACUGGCGCUCCGUAUUUUGCUUCCAUUAGUGCUCUGAAAACAGGCGCUGAUUUGGUUCACGUUUUUUGUACUCAUGAUGCUGCAAUUCCUAUCAAAUGUUACAGCCCUGAACUUAUUGUCCACCCACUUCUACAACUCGAUAAAUUAGAAGAAAUUACCACAUGGUUGCAACGAAUGGACGUGAUUUUGAUUGGUUGUGGACUAGGACGCAAUACUGAAACAUUAAAUCUUGUUAAACAGAUUAUCGGAUAUGUGAAACAAUUGAAGAAACCCUUAAUUUUGGAUGCAGAUGCAUUAUACUUAAUAACAGAACAUCCUGCAAUUUUACACGGUUUUGAAUCGGAUGUAAUUCUCACACCUAAUCGAAUGGAACUUGCGCGUCUUGCAGGAAUUACAAAUCCUGCAGCUAUUGGUGAUGACGAUGUCGUACGUAUGGUUAAAAAGAACAAUUGGAGUAAAUAUAUUACUCUGUUGGUGAAAGCUGCAAAUGAUCAAGUUUAUAAUGCCGAGAAGAAGGUAAUUUUAACGGAUUUGGGUGGCUCUGGACGACGCUGCGGUGGUCAAGGGGACAUUUUGGGUGGUUGUUUGGCUGUUUUUCUUAAUUGGAGUAUGAAGAAAGAAAUGUUAGAGAAUAGAACAUUUGUAGCAGCAUUUGCAGCAUGCAGACUGACAAGAGAAUGCAACCAGCGCGCUUAUCUGGAAAUGGGUCGUAGUAUGAUGGCCGGGGAUAUGAUCAACCAGAUUCAUUCUGCUUUUAAUGUUUAUUUUGAACCACCACAAAUAUAAAACAUAAGCUUUGUUACACUAUAGAACUGGUAUUUUGAUAUGGAUUAAUAAAUACGAUUCUAAUUUUGA